GUUAUGUCCCCACACUUUCCUCCGACACACGCGUCGAGCACAACCGCAUCAUUCUCUGGGUCAAAAACCAGGUCGAGUCCCUUCGAACAAAAGGAGUCAGGGUCAUUCUGCUUGGCGAUUUUAAUGGUGUUGUCAAUCCCUCUAUCGACCGCUCCUCUACCGAUCAUACGUCUACGGUUCCGGAGUUAUCACUCUUCACAUGGCUCACCACACGCAACUUCACGGACUCGUUCCGCCUCCUACAUCCGACGACGCCACUCUUCACUUUCCGCGACGUUAGCCGUCUAGACAUGGUGUGGGUUUCCAAUGACCUCGCUGGAUUCCUGCUCGAGGUCAAAUCCUCUCACCUAGUGGCCCCUAUCCGAUCCGACCAUGCUUUGGUUGCGGCUACUUUCGACGUCCACACCUUGGUCACCCAACCCACAUCAUAUCCGAGCAAAAAGAUCCUGGUCGACGCUGCAAGCGAGGAACAGUGGUCUGAUUUUUCAAGCCAAGUGGAAGAGUUUCUUCCCCUCUACGGUCAACUGGAGUCUUAUGGACUCGCGGAAUAUCUCCAAGGUGAUCCAGAAACAACAUACGCAUCGCCUGAGCUCCUCCAGACGCUACCUCUCGAUCCGGUGUGGGACCGCUUUCACUCCAUCGUGAUGUCGGCUGCCUAUGCGCACCUUCCCUCUGUCAAGACUGGAGGUGUCCCGCAACCCCGUCGCGAUGAAGAUCGGCUCCAGGCGAAGACCAGUGACCUUGGAUAUAUCAUUCGUUCCGUCCGCAGCGCAUUCAUCGACCAACAUGUCUCUGACGACGCACUCAAGAACCUGACGCGCAGAGAGAUACACAAAUGGUACGCUGCUAAUGGUGCCGAGCUUGGUCUUGGCCCGAUCCCCGACGCCAACGAUAAUCCUGCCAGAUGGGAGGCCUGGCUCGAGACUGUGAAGACAACGUGGCGUGCUGCUCGCCUCGCCCACCGUGAGUAUCUAAAUGCGCACCGACAAAUGAUCAUCAACGACCACAUCGACCGUCGAGAUAUCAACUUCGAGGCGCGCACACGGCAGACGAUCCGCAGCAUUCUGGAGGUUUCGUCCGGCCGGAUUCAUUUAGACCACCUCGUUGUGGAGAAUGACGAUGCUGGCCUCUAUAUGCUUACCAACCACGGGCCGACAUUGAUGAGAGUUGGUAUGACGCCCUCAUGGAAACACCAUCCCCUGCUGCUCUACAAUCUGCACCUACUAACAAGGCCCCAGGCAUAUCAGGGCUGUCUGGAGACCUACUGAAGCACCUCGGACCGAUUGCUUUCUCGGUUUUUGUCGUCCUUGUGC